UGUAGAGCUGUUGGUGGAAGCAUGAAUCUCAGAGAGAUAUGAAUUGUUCCAUUUCUCUGCUUUUUAUAGCCCAUUCUUGAUUUUCCUUCAAAGCCAGCAAGUCAAGAAUCAGUUGUUGAUAAAGGAAUGGCAUUUUCUUUUUGAUUCAGAUCCUGUGUUCGGUCAUAGCUGGCAUGCUGAAGUAUCUCUUCUUGGCCUGCUUUGUCUGGAUGUUCUUGGAAGGGAUCAAUCUCUACCUCGUUGUCAGAAACCUAAAAGUUGCAAAUUACAGCGGGGCCAGCAAGUAUAUGAAGAUAUCUAUGUUCCUUGUUGGUUAUGGGUUUCCUGCCCUGAUUGUCACCAUUUCUGCAGCAAUUAAUCCUGGAGCCUUUGGGACACAUUAUCACUGCUGGCUUAACCCAGAUUUUAUCUGGAGCUUUAUGGGACCCGUCUGUGCGAUAAUUGUGGUCAACCUAGUGUUUUUCUGUCUUAUUCUGAAGAAUUUGCAUAAAAAAUUGGCAUCUCUCAAUUCAGAGAUAUCUACAGUCAAAAAUACCAGGUCACUGAUAUUCAAGGCCAUAGCCCAUGUGUUCAUCCUGGGUGUGACUUGGUGUUUUGGCCUCUUUCAACAUGGCCUUUUGCAGGAUGUUAUGGCAUACCUGUUCAUCAUCACCAACAGUGUGCAAGGAAUCUUCAUCUUUCUGGUGCACUGCUUACUCAACCAAAAGGUGAGAAAAGCAUACUGGCAUUGGAUUUGUUGCAUCAAAGACAUCAAACCUCCUGUUUCUGAGAUAAAUGUGACCUCUUCUCCUAUCAGCAAUCCUUCGACAAGUGUACCAAGUGCUACUGCCGUGGAUAAACAGAAGAUGGGAUGGGGAGAAGCAGCAUAGCUCACUGUCUCUCUUUUGGACUCUUCUGUUCUGUUUGAACAAAACUGAAAUAAAUUUGAAUAUAUUAAACACUUGGUUUUCUUGUUGCCCUUUAAUGUAACUUAAAAUCCAGACCCAUGCUGGAAACAUUACUUUUAACUCAUUCCCUACUUUCAUUGCCAUUUUCUCCCUGUUCUCUCUCAUAGUAUAGUAUACUGUAGCAUAGCA